GUAGAAACUGAUAUUCUUUGACAAACGGCAAAUGAUAAGUCCGAUUGUAUUUGAUUCCCUAAGACUUUUCGGAGAAAGUGGUUAUAAAGUGGUCUCAUAUUGAGGGAACAUGUACUUGUCAAGAGGUUCGAAUCAUGCAAUUGGUGGGACACACAUUCUAUCGACCGGUUUUUUCGCGCUUGGUUUGAGCUUUUACACAUCACGAUGCUUGACCAUGGGGCUUGGACGGGGGCACCUUAGAGGCGCCAGUUUGAAGCUGAAACGAAUCGUUGGUAGGAGAACCAGGCAAACGCUGCUUAUGGAAGCUAAAUCCAAUUGCAACAACCUCGUCAGGAUGAAGAUGAACGAGAGUGGUGCGCCUGGUUUGAUCCUAGGAGUGGCUGUAGACGGAAAGGCGGUCUUGAAACAGGGUUUUGGAUAUGCCGAUGUUGAAAAGCAUUUGUUGGCCACCCCGGACACUACCAUGAGAAUUGCGUCCAUCUCGAAGUCUUUGACAAUGGCGGCGGUGGCCAAGUUGGUGGAGAAGGGCAAGAUCGAUUUGGACAAACCAGUAAUAGAAUAUGUACCAACUUGGCCCCAUAGUCAUCCCACUAUCACAACGAGGCAAAUUGUGAGUCAUCUGGCUGGAAUAAGACAUUACAUAGAGGAGGAACAACUUCAGAGACUCAAUGUAUCUUAUGGUCAAAGUUGCCACAAGGCGGAGGAGUUCAAGGAAUUUCAUAUCACGGAAAGGUUUGAGUCAGUGGAGAAGUCUCUUGAACUAUUCAAGAAUGAUGAACUUCUUUCAAAACGAGGCAAGAUCUUUCAUUACUCCACCCAUGGAUUCACGUUAUUAACAGCUAUUGUGGAAAAGGCAUCAGGCGAAAGGUUUGAAAGGCAUAUCAAACGCUUGUUCAGGGACCUCGGCCUGCAAAACACCUAUUUAGACGAGCACGAGCCCCUUAUUCCCAACAGAGCAUGUCAAUAUGUUCGCAAUGAGAAACACAUUUUGAAGAACGCCCCUUAUGUUGACAACAGUUGCAAAUGGGGAUCAGGGGGUAUUCUGUCCAAUGUUGGUGACUUGCUCAAAUUUGGCAAUGCCAUGCUCUACAGCUACCAAUAUGAUAAUAUGCCAAUCAUAGAAGAACCCCAAAAAGAAAGAAUACCGAUGAGAGAGAUAAAAAGUUGCGCUGAAAUUAUUGAUAGACCUAUACAAAAGUCAUCGCUCAUUCGGAGUACAAAGUAUACCAAACAAUGCCAGAGUGGAUUAAAUGGAUUUUUAAAGAAAGAGACAAUGGAACAAAUAUGGAACCCUGUCGUUCGAAUGGAUCAAGAGUCAAGCCUGAACGAUGAUGAUUAUGCCAUGGGUUGGAUGAUCAAAUCCAGAAUUCAAGAUUUUGCCUUUGCUCGCCGUCAAGAAUUGUCUAUAUAUCACACAGGGAGCGCUGUUGGUGGGAGGGGUGUUUUACUUAUUUGCCCAGAUGAGGAUGGGGUUGUACGAGGGGAACAAAAAAAUCAAAUCUGUCCCCAGGGAGUCGUGGUUACCAUUUUGUGCAACCUGGAAAAUGUUUCUCUGACAAGGUUAGCUAGCCAAGUCGUUACCGAAUUCAAAAGACUCCGCUGAAAACAUAAAUAAGAGAUUGUUACAAUAACCAACCUUGGACCCUCAUGAGUAGGGACGGGCAAAUUGUGUAAAAAUAACUUUUGUCAACAAAGACCACUUUCUUACACAUUUGCACUUUUCACCUUUAUUUGCACCUUUUAACUUUUUUUGCACUUUUUUUUGCACAUUUUGCAAGCCAUAGACAAUGUAGAGACUAUGGCCAACAUACUUGGAGAUCAGUUCUAUAGUGUGUUUUCAACUCCACUGAGUUUAGGAGCAACAGUUCAUUGCUCUAUUGAUGAGUUUGUUGGG